GCACGCCAAUCAUUCUGAAAGCUGUCACUGCUCGAGCAUCAAAAUAUUAGUUAAGUGAUUUCUGGUAGCAAAAAUAAAUAUUAUUCUUAAAAAGUGUUUUUAUAGCGUAUAUAGGAGAAUAAAAACCGAAAACGGCGCAUAUUGCUAUCGAAUAUGAUGCAAUCCGCCGAAAGUGCCAUUCCUUUGUCCGAUAAUCCAACGGAGUAUAUUGAUUUGUCCGACUACUGUCGGCUCUGUCUGCAAGUUCCAGACGAAUCGCAAUUACUUGAUUUACAGCUUAUCUACGAUGAAGAGGAGCAACUGAGUUACUAUGAUUGCUUCACCGUUUGUACGCAAAUCGAUUUGCGUGCUGGCGGUACUAAUGCGCCACACCAGCUUUGCAAGUCAUGUGGAUUGGAGUUACAGGUGGCAUAUGAUUUUCACAAAAAAGUGGAAGAGUCAAAGAUUUUCUUAGAGCAAUUGGAUCAAUCACAACAAUUGGGGGAUGAAGUAUCACCGUUGACGACGACAAUGAAAAUAGAAAGACAUGGAGAGCCAGAAGAUGUUGGCGAAGUUGAAGUUAAAACAAAUGAGCCACAACUCGUAGAAUCUCUGCCUGCCGAAAGUGAGCCUAUUGAAAAUGAUAUUGUCGCUGGCCAAGAUGACACUGUUGGUCAUUUCGAGACGUCGAUGGAAUAUGAAGAGCUGGAAGAUCAAAUAGAUAUGGAUGAAUAUCAAUCAGUCGAUGAGCUGGUGGAUGAAGACAUUCGAAAGGACGAGCGUAUUCUCUCAAUUAAGCUUGAAGAGGAUUCUGCACAUUUUCCGGUGGAAGUAUCCUACGAAGAAUCCUCAGCGCAUUGCUCAAAAAAUGAGACGUCAAAAAAUCCACCCGUACUUAUGAAUAUGGCUCCUCCGUCAGAUGCUGAUGAUAUUAAUUUGGCGGAAUAUCUCUUUGAGAAUCCCGACUUGUUAACGAAAGCCCAGGCUGCCGACGAACAAUUGCAUAUUUUGUCGAAACCACGAAAACGCGGACGUGCUCCACUUAUUCCUGGCGGUCCACCAUUUCAGUGCGAAUAUUGUGAUCAUAAAAGUCCAUCGCGCUCACUCUUGGCAUCCCAUCGACAUCGUAAGCAUCGCUUCAAUAAGUCACCGAAUAGAUGUGCUGAAUGCGGCAAAGAGUUUGCAACAAAGCAACAACUUGAACGUCAUCAACAGCGAGUGACUUGCCAAUCAUAUCCCGUAUUCAAUUGUGAGUUUUGCGAGAAAACAUGCAUUGGUCGCGCCAAUUACCAGAUACAUCUGCGCUUCCAUAAGAAAGUAUAUCCAUUUGUUUGUCAUAUAUGUGCCAAGCCAUUUAUGAUGGCCCAACAUCUGAACAAUCAUGUGAAAACGAAGCAUGAAGGACAGCGAUUUAUUUGCGAGCAACCAGAGUGUGGAAAAAUGUUUCAAACUGCGCAUGCGCUCAAGAAUCAUGCAUAUACUCACGUCGAUCAAUUGCCUUAUCGUUGCGACUACUGCCAGCAUGAUUUUCCAACCAAGGGCAGAUUGCGUUGGCACAUCAGCCGAAUACAUGGCAUUGAGCAUACGCUGGACGAGCUCGAUUGCAUGCUGGUGGCCAAAGAGAUUAAGCUAAAAGCACAAUUGCGGCCGGUGCUGACACCGGAGCCCGAAGUGAUUGCUGCGAACGAACUUGAGGGCUACGCCGACUGAUGUCAAUAGCAUCAGAUCGCUAUAUUUUUAGAUCGCUAUAUUAUAAGUAGUAAUAUGCGAUUAAGCAAGAUACAAAAGUAUUUCGUUUACUUAGGAAACACAUAUUUACAUUGUCAUCGUACACUUAAGUAUAAUUAUAAAUGAAUUGUUUGAAAUGGUGUAUAAUACUUAUUUGGAUUUAUUUUUAAGUAUUAUUAAUUUUGUACCAAAUUUAAUUUUACUAAAUUUAUAUUAUACAUAUGUACAGGGUGACGCAAAAUUAAUCAGUCUACCAAAAGAUUUAUAAUUUUUGCAAAUUACGUAAUGUCAACCAUAUUUGACACUUUGAAAUUAGACAGCCGGUAAAAGUCAAAAUAAAGAUUUCCAUAACUUAAAAUAAAUGUUUUUUAAUAUUUCUUUAAAAAAAUAAAAUUGAAUCAUAAAUUUGCGCCACUUUGUAUGUCUAAAACGGUGAUAUAACAUGGCUGAUUUCAGAUUUAAGAGUUUAAUUACUUACACAGCGAUAUUAUUGAAA